AUGGCCUCAACAAGCUCUUCAGGGCCUUUGUGCCACGAACUGGAUAACAUGCUGCGCGUGGAUGCGGGUUCUUGUCGCGGGGGAUUCGACUUUUCGCUCUUGUUUGAGGAGACCAUCCUCACUCUCCUUCCCAUUGCAUUGAUUUCACUGUUGGUUCCGUUACGGAUAUGGCAGCUUUCGCUAAAACGACGCAAAGUCGUGGGAUCAUGGUUGCUUCCGAUUAAACUGGCCGCGUGGUCAUUCUUCAUCGCGCUUGGAAUCGCCCAAACCGCUCUAUGGGCUUUGCCCGCCGCGGAUAGCACGAUGGCUUCACUUGCCACUAAUGCCGUGCUCGCUGCUGGGGCCCUGUUGCUCUGUGCUCUUUCGUAUGCGGAGCACACGCGAUCUGUCCGACCUUCGUUCAUUUUAAACACAUACCUGCUCUGCAGCCUGCUUUUCGACAUCGUGCGGGCCAGAACUCUAUGGCUUCGGGCGAUUGAUGGAUUUAAUGAUGUGAUUUCAAUUGUGACUACGGUCGCGGUGGGGGUCAAGUUGCUUCUUGUGAUCUUGGAAGCGGUUGAGAAGCGCCCCAUUCUGAAGACGGAAUUCGCGGGUUACCCACCAGAAGCUACCGCUGGCUUUUAUAACCGCUCGCUGUUUUGGUGGUUGAACCCCCUGUUCAAGAAUGGCUUCCGCAAUGUGCUGUCUGUAGAAGACCUAUUUGUUCUGGAUAAGGAACUGAGCUCUGAGAGACUCCUCGCUAUGUUUGAAGAGAGAUGGAGCAGAGGUAAAUUGGCACCUGAUGGUUGGUUCUACAUGGGCCUGGCUAAUAGCUCUUCUGCAGUGAAAUCGAAAUCUCCAAAUACGUUGCAAUUCGAGUCGUUCAAGGCUGCCAAGUCGCCACUGCUAGCAGCCGUUCCGGCUCGCGCAUGUGUAGUGGCUUUCAACUUUUGUCAGCCAUUGCUUCUGACUCGGUCCCUGUCCUUUUUCAAGGAGCCCGUGAACAGCGCCACCAACAAUGUCGGCUAUGGUUUAAUUGGUGCCUAUAUCUUGGUCUAUACCGGUUUAGCCGUGGCCAUGGGUCAAUACCAGCACAUGACGUACCGUGGCAUCACCAUGGUCCGCGGCAUCCUCGUCACGAUGCUCUACAAGAAAGCCAGCAGUCUCACUCUUAACGAAGCCGACCCGGCCAACUCACUCACUCUGAUGAGUGCCGAUGUGGAACGAAUUACUCAGGGUUGGCAGACCAUGCACGAGAUCUGGGCCAACUCUGCGGAGAUCGGUCUGGCCAUCUAUCUGCUAGACCGGCAGCUGGGAAUCUCAUGUGUCGUUCCGGUUUGCGUCGCCCUUGUCGCUCUAGUUGGCUCGCUCAUCGGAAUGUCCUUUGUAGUAUCUCGACAAGCCAAGUGGCUUGAAGCCAUUGAGCGACGGAUCUCAUCUACUUCGGGCAUGCUGGGUGCCAUCAAAGGAGUCAAGAUGCUCGGCCUGCAGAAUUCAUUCAUGACGAUUGUGCAUGGAUUGCGCAUUGAUGAACUAAACAUCUCCAAGAAGUUCCGUACCCUUUUGGUGUAUAACAUGGGCUUUGCGUGGUUGACUCGCAUCUUCGCCCCCAUCUUCACGUUCGGUGUGUACGUCGCCAUCUCCGAUUCGACAUUGAAUGUGUCUCGGGUUUUCACCUCAUUGUCGCUCUUUUCUCUCCUCUCGGAUCCCCUGCUCACCCUCGUUAUGGCAUUGAUGUCUUUCGCUGGAUCUGUGGGGUCUUUCGCUCGUAUCCAGGAAUUCCUCGACAAGCCAGAUCACUCCGACCCGCGACGCAAUGCCCCUAGAAUUCCUUCUCUUGAGGAUCUUGGCGAGGCCAAGCUUCUCUCCAAAUCUGGUGAUCUGGACAUGUCUUCGAGUCACUCCGAGUCUGUCGAGUCCUUCAAGCGCGGUUCUGCUUUCACCUCGGCCAACGCUGCUAUGAUUCAAAACGGUACCUUUGGAUGGGAUGCGGAGAAAGAGCCCGUCUUGAAGGAUAUCACCGUCACUGUUCCUCGUGGCAGCUUUACUAUGCUCAUUGGUCCCUCAGGCUGCGGCAAAUCUACUCUUCUGAAGGCGCUUCUUGGAGAGAUCCCCUGCCGGAGUGGAAUGGUUGAGUUGACCUCCACAAGCGUGGCAUUCUGUGACCAAACACCUUGGCACAUGAACGGUACCAUCAAGGACAGUAUCGUCGCCAUGUCAGAUUACGAUCCCAAGUGGUAUGCGUCCGUUCUCCAGGCUUGUGCUCUGGAAGAGGAUCUUGGGCAGUUCCCCCGUGGUGACCGAAGUAUCAUUGGAAGCAAAGGUGUUGCUCUCAGUGGAGGUCAGAGCCAACGCAUUGCUCUUGCUCGCGCUGUCUAUGCCCGGAGAAAGACCAUUAUCCUCGAUGACGCGCUUAGCGGCCUUGAUGCCACCACUGAGAGCCACAUUUUCCACAGUCUUUUCGGAAACCUUGGCCUCCUGAGAGAAAUUGGUACCUCUAUCAUCGUCGCUUCGUCCUCUGUGAAGCGCGUCCCUUACUCCGACCACAUUGUGGUUUUGGAUAAAACAGGUCGGAUCAUUGAGCAAGGCAGCUUCGGCGCACUGAUCAAGACUGGCGGAUACGUGUCUAGCUUUGGUCUAGGUGCCCCUGACUGGGACUACAAGCCUAAGAGAUUUUCCGCGUCCCCAAGCUACAGCACUAUCGAUUCUGUUGAUGAGGCGAAAGAAGCGAUCAUUCCUGAACCCGAGAACCGUGACACCGGUGGCGACCUCUCGAUCUACACCUACUACAUGAACGCAAUCGGGUGGCUUCCUGCCCUUGUCUUCAUGGUUUCCAUGGCGGUCUUUGUCUUUUGUAUCUCGUUCCCCAGCAUAUGGUUGAAGUGGUGGGCUACGUCUGACACGGCUGAGCCCAGGCAGCAUAUUGGUUACUAUCUUGGAAUCUAUGUUAUGCUUGGCGGCGUCGCCAUGCUCUCCCUGAUCAUGGGCUGCUGGCAAAUGAUUAUCACCAUGGUUCCAAAAUCUGGCGAGAACUUUCACCGCAAGCUGCUGCAGACGGUUCUUAGUGCUCCAAUGCUGUUCUUCUCAACAACCGAUAGCGGCGGUAUCCUAAACCGAUUCAGCCAAGACCUGCAACUCAUCGAUAUGGAGCUUCCCAUUGCUGCUAUCAACACCGUCGCUACAGUUUUCCUCUGCCUUGCCCAGAUAGCACUGAUCGGGGUUAGCUCUAAAUAUGCUGCCAUCUCAUUCCCUUUUGUGCUUGGAAUUCUGUUCCUCAUUCAGAAGAUGUACCUACGCACUUCUCGGCAGCUCCGUUAUUUGGACCUUGAGGCCAAAGCUCCAUUGUUUUCACACUUUACCGACUGCCUUCAGGGACUCGUGACGCUACGAGCCUUUGGCUGGCAACAUGGCAUGGAAAUGAAGAAUAUCCAACUCUUGGAUUACUCGCAGCGACCGUUCUACUUCAUGUUCGCGAUCCAGCGCUGGUUGACUCUAUCCUUGGAUCUGGUUGUCGCUGGUAUUGCCGUCCUGUUGAUCGUUCUGGUCGUUGUCCUCCGUGGAACAAGCCUAGGUGCAGGCGCUGUGGGUGUUGCCCUCCUCAACGUUAUACAGUUCAGCCAGAGCAUCAAGCUCAUGGUGACCUUCUGGACCAACCUGGAAACCCACAUUGGCUCCGUUAUGCGUGUCAAAAAUUUCACCCAGGACGUCAAGUCCGAGGAUCAGCCCGGAGAGGACGGCGAUAUUCCUCCCAGCUGGCCCUCGAAGGGUGCGGUGUCUUUCCACUCCGUCUCCGCGGCUUACAGACCCUCGGAGCCGGUUCUCAAUGAUGUGUCUCUAUCCGUCUCGGCAGGAGAGAAAGUUGGUAUUUGCGGACGAACUGGAAGUGGUAAAACCUCGAUGAUCAUGAGCAUCUUCCGGAUGAUCGAACUGACUACCGGCAUCAUCACCGUGGAUGGUGUUGACAUCACCAGCCUCCCGCGCCGUGAGAUUCGCUCACGCAUCAAUGGGGUCUCACAAGACUCACUGCUGUUCAAGGGCAGUGUGCGCCUCAACGCCGACCCGACGGGUUCCUGCACCGACCAAGACAUCCGCAACGCGCUCAAGAGCGUGCAGCUCCUCCCUGUGAUCCUCGAAAAGGGAGACCUGGACUCGGACAUGGACGAGAUCCACUUGUCGCACGGGCAGAAACAGCUCUUCUGUCUCGCCCGAGCACUCCUUCGCCAGGGCAACAUCCUCAUCCUCGAUGAGGCAACCAGCAACAUUGACGCCAAAACAGAUGAGGUCAUGCAGCGCGUCCUUCGCGAGAAGUUCUGCAACCACACCAUCAUCGCAGUCGCGCACAAGCUUGACACCAUCCUCGACUUUGACCGCAUCGUGGUGCUGGACGCCGGCCGGAUCGUCGAGACUGGGGAGCCAUACGCGUUGCUCACGGAGCCCAAGUCGCAUUUCAGUCAACUGUACGCGAGCUCGAUGGCGACCGAGAACUCGGAGCAUUAA